UAAUUUCGUAAGAUAUUUUUUUUUAUAAUUUUAUAGAAAAAAUAAUUUUUUUACAAAUGAAUAAAUUUUUUUACUAUAUGUCAGUUCUCAUUUUAGUUAUUGAGUGUAUUAGAGCAUAUAAUACCUUGAUCUGCAAACGAACGGAUCCGAUGAUCUACGCCGUUUGCAGGAAAAAUAACGAAUUCUUAACAACAAGAAGAGAAGCCCCAAGUGCUGCAUAUCUACACGAAUAUUUACAUAAUAUGGACUAUUAUAUCGAAAGUUCAGAUUUGUGGAUCGCAAUAAAAAUGGAAUUGCAAAAUGAAAGCCUUAGUCUUAAUCUAGUACAAGAAAAUACACCCACAUUAAUUAUACAAAGAUGCGAUUUUAAUACAGAUCUUAAUGAAUACUCUGUAAUAGCUUACCAAUUAGGCUAUGUAAAUGGCAUCCUAAUAAUAUCUAUAGGAAGUACAGAAAUAUUCCAUGGACCAGUCUCCAGUUUUAUCUAUAUUAGAAAUUAUAACAUAGACUUUAAACCAUAUCUACUUGAGCAUAAUGGAAUCAAUUUGAAUAUAAACAGUACAUGUAUUUGAUUAAACAUGGGAUUAACAUAUACAAUUAUUUUGAUUGCAAUAAUUAUAAAAACAUUUGCUUUAUAUUGUGGAUCCUGGGUUUUGUGCUUAUUAAUUAAUCUAUGCC